CCCGGCCGCCCCGAUCCCGAUCCCGGCCGCCGAGCCUGGAGCCCGCCCGCUGCCCGUCCCCGGGGGCGGACGGGGCGGGCAGGGCUGCAGCCCUUGUCUCUGCCCCUCUCCCCGCCCCGGUAACGGUAACUGCCCGCCCCGCGGCCACGACCGGGCCGGUGUCGCCCCCUGGGUCGGGCGGCAGCGGGGGGACCGAUCCCGGCCGGCUCAGCCCUGCCCCUUCCCUCCCCAAACCCCCCGAGCUGACCCGCGGGGAAGCGGCACCGAGCCGCGACGCGCGGUCCGGACCUGUGAGCUCAUCCCCGACCUCCUCCAGACGGAUUUGUUUGGUUUUUUAUUUUUUUUUAUUUUUUUCCUCAGCUCUCGUAGCUUCGUUUCCAAAAUUGCGUUAAAAAUCUGCUGCCCCGUCCCCUGGGGUUUGGGCAGAUGCUGUAACCGGAGAAAAAUACAUCAACCGGCGAACGCGGUAAAGUUUUACCUUCAUAUCCGGUUCAAGGUGACGUUUGUAGGGCACGCGUUCGACCGGAGAGCUCACCGGGGAAAGGCCGGUGAUGGAUUCUCCCUACGCAAACGGAGCCUACAGCCCCCCGUACCCCCCGGCUCCCGGGGCUGCCCCGCACUAUGCCAGCCUGCCGCAGACACGGGGGUACUACUGCUCCGGGCCCCCGCGGACCCCCUACCCUGCGGAACCCACGGGCAUGUACCGGCCCCCGUCGCCGGCUCCCCCCUGGAGCUACGCCCCGCCGGACUGCCCCGCCGAAGGGUCCUCUCUCAGGAGGCAGCAGGCUCCUGGCUACUCCCCGUCGCAGCCCCCCGGAAUGCCCCUCCCGCAGUAUCCGUACGGAGACAGCAGUCCGGGGGGCACGGCGCAGGGCCCUCCGCCGCAGCCCAGAGCCCCGGAGGACGCGUGGGCUCCCCACACCGUCUAUGGGGUGCAGCCGCGUUACGCCUGGCCCUCCGCGGCGGCGCACGGGAACUCCUUCGCCUCCGAACCGCAGCCGCCCUGGAGUGGGAGCGGAGCUCCUUCCCACCUUCCCGCGUGGGACUCGGGACAGGAUACCGCUUACGAGGCGCCCGAGCGGGGCGCGCACCAGCACAGCUACUACUGCGAGGUCAGCCCCCAGCACCCCGGGGCGGUGAACGACCAGGCGCCGGGCGCUGCGCGCCUCGCCGGGCCGCCCGCCGCCAGCCCCAGGGUGCAGUACAGCGCGCAGCCCCAGCUCUACGGCGCUGCAUCUCGGAAGCUUUUGGCUGGGAAGCGGGAGGCUGGCUUUAAACCCGGUGACCAGCCUCCGGCAAAUUCCGCAGCCUUCCAGCCAGAGAUUCAGAGAAUCCUCCACGUUAUGGGGGAGGCCGAACAGCUGGAGCAAGAGGUGGAUGAGUUUGUAGGAAAAAAGACAGAUAAAUCCUACCGGCUGCUGGAGGAGAUGUUGACCAAGCUGCUGUUGGAACUGGAUUCCAUCGAGACUGGUGGCCAGGACAGUGUUCGGCAGGCCAGGAAAGAGUCCGUCCACAGAAUUCAGGCCAUACUGGAAAAACUGGAAAGAAAGGGAUUGUGAAAGCGCAUCAGCCAUAACACACAGCCUGUUGUUGAGGUUCCAAAGAGUUUUAGUUCUGUUAAAUCUCAGCUCUUUUUGCUACGCACUAUUGACAAUGGAAUAGCAAUAAGCCCCGAGCUAAAAAAACAAAAAACAAAACGAAACAAAGCCACCAAAAAAACCACCCAGAAGCCCAGCCCCAGCAAAUAACUUGGCAGUGGACAAAUUAAGCAAAUUAAGGUCUGAAGCAACAAACUAACUUGUUUGUUUGUUCCAGGCUUUGGAAAAGCAGAACCACUUGAGGUACUUACAC